CACCUGGCAGCUCCAGGUGCUGUGAGCGCGCUGCCAUGGCGACGGCCCGGGCUUGGUGGUGAGAAGGCAGUUUCCCAAAGCUUUGUGGAUUCAGGAGGGAGAGACCAGAACCUCAGGCACUUCUGAGUUCUGCCUGAUCCCACUGCAGUUCGCAGAAGCCCAGGACAUCCCCUGUGAGGCCUCCCGCGCGGUCUGAGGAUGACGGAGCUGCGGGGCCGAGAGCUGGAGGCCGAGUGCCCUGUCUGCUGGAACCCCUUCAACAACACCUUCCAUACCCCCAAAGUGCUGGACUGCUGCCACUCCUUCUGCGUGGAAUGCCUGGCCCACCUCAGCCUGGUGACUCCGGCCCGGCGCCGCUUGCUGUGCCCACUCUGUCGCCAGCCCACCGUGCUGGCCUCAGGGCAGCCCGUCACUGACUUGCCUACGGACACUGCCAUGCUGAGCCUGCUCCGCCUGGAGCCCCACCAUGUCAUCCUGGAGGGCCGACAGCUCUGUCUCAAGGACCAGCCUAAGAGCCGCUACUUCCUGCGCCAGCCUCGGGUCUACACGCUGGACCUGGGCCUGGAGCCUGGGAACCAGACCACACCUCCCCAGGACAUGGUCCCGGCCACCAGGCCUACGCCCAUCCCCAUCCCCAGCCACUAUUCUCUGCGGGAAUGUUUCCGCAACCCUCAGUUCCGGAUCUUCGCCUACCUGAUGGCCAUCAUCCUCAGCGUCACUCUGCUGCUCAUCUUCUCCAUCUUUUGGACCAAGCAGUUCCUUUGGGGCGUGGGGUGAGCACUCUGUUUCUGGACGACAAGGAACUAAGUCUUUCUCAGUCACUGCUGGGGCCGGGGAUGCAGAGCCUCAUUUGUAGUAUUUUAUGGUGCAGAUUGGAUAGGCCCUAUUGGCUUCUGGGAGCAGAGAAGACCCUAUGGUGAGUGCGGAUGUGGGCGCGGGUGGGGGCACAGCCAAACGGCUAGGAGACAUGGAGGCCUCUGAGUGCAAACCAGGGGUUGUGUGGCUACAGAGCCACACAGCAAGUUGUGCCAAAGGACUGGACAACGGUAUCCAGGGACCUGACUAGCCCAAAUAGCAAGCUGCAUCUCUCCUUGGAGCUGUUUUGGACUCAGUUCACAUUUAAAAAGUUUUUUUGUUUUUAUUUGCUGUUUUCGUUAUGUUGCUAGAACAUUUGGAAAAUAAGUUUCAAUUCUGUGGACAAAUGUGCUUGUCUCCCUUUUCAGCUUUCUCCUUGGAUGUCUUUCCACCAGUCCCAGUAAAAAUGGUCUGCAUUCCUUAAUUCAUUCAUUUAUCCAUUCUACAACCACUAAUUGGGCAGGUGCUGAGUGCAGAAGGGAAGAAAAGUGUAAGAUUACCCACGAGUGGCCAAUGGCUCCUAGCAGCAGGGAAGACGUGCUGUCAGCUGCUUCUUACACAGGACAACCUCUCGUCAGCACGUAGUUCGUGGAGUGUCAGGAGAUAAAAGUCUCAAGGUGAAAGAAACCAGGAUCAGCAGAUGAAGAAUCUGGAAUUUGGCUGGGGUUGUGGCUCAAUGGUAGAGUGCUUGCCUAGCAUGUGUGAGGCACUACGUUUGAGCCUCAGCACCACAAAAAAAUAAAGGUAUU